CCGGGCCACGUGACCCUUUCUGCCUCCUGCCUUCGCCUCCGCCAUGGACACGAGCCGCGUGCAGCCCAUCAAGCUGGCUAGAGUCACCAAAGUGCUGGGCCGGACAGGCUCGCAGGGGCAGUGCACCCAGGUCCGUGUGGAAUUCAUGGAUGACACCAGCCGUUCGAUUAUCCGCAACGUGAAAGGCCCAGUUCGGGAAGGGGAUGUGCUCACACUGUUGGAGUCUGAACGUGAGGCCCGGCGGUUGCGCUGAGCUGUAGCCAAGUUGGGUCAAAACUCUCCCGUGUGAUGUGUUUGUACAAGCCUGGUCGAAGAGUGAUGAGCUACCCUCAGUCCUUCCAAUAAACUUCCUUUGCCCUCCA